AUGUCUCAAGUGCAGUCUCCUGGGUUAGCAGACCUGGAGAAAGAGCUGGGUUGCUCGAUCUGCACCGAGCUACUUUAUCAACCCCUCACUCUCCUCGACUGCCUCCAUACAUAUUGCGGAUCAUGCUUGAAGGAAUGGUUCACCGCACAAGGUGGACGUCGAAGACCUCGCGGCUCGCUGCCCAAAUUUACCUGUCCCUCUUGUCGUGCUAAUGUGCGCGACACCCGCCCAAAUGCGACCGUCACGACUCUACUGGAUAUGGUCUUAAUGGCCCAGCCGGAUCGCGCCCGAACAGAGGAAGAAAAGAAGGAAAUUGCAGAGCGGUACAAACCCGGUGACUCGGUGUUCCCGCCACCACAGUCAGAAGCAGAAAGCUCAGACGAUGAGGAUGAUCAGCGACUUGUGGAUGAGAUUCGAGAGCUGAGUCUUCGUGAGAGUCGGGCAUCGGGAAGGAGAGAAGAGCGUCGUAGAGUGCAGCCAGAAGUGAACCGACCGAGGAGCAGCAAUCCCGAUACCCGACACACCGAAGAUGGGAGAACUCGACGGAGGAGGGAGGAAGUCGCGGAACAUCAACGUCAUGCAUUUGGAAGCCAUGGUGAUUCUGAGCGUGCUAGACGAGUCGAGCAUCAAUCAAGCUUGCGCUCACUACUCAGUCUAUCAUCCGAGGCGGAGACAAUGGAAGAAGAGAUUCUGCGACAAAUUGUUGAGGAGGGAUUGCUGAAUGAUAUCGAUUUCGAAAACUUGGGACCUGCACAGGAAGAGGAGCUGAGCGAAAGAAUCGCAGAAGCCUAUCGUCGGAGACAUAUGGGUCAGUCGAAUUCCCGGCCAGCCCAAAGGCGUCGACAAUCACCGCAAGCCAGUUCUCGAUCGCAUACGCGGUCACAUUCUGCUCAACCACCGAGCGAGAUAAACCAGCCAUCUCGAGAGCCUGGUGAGAGGCGACCACCUGUAUCCCGACCGCAUCUAUUGGACCCGGUCGCUCCCCGCCCAAUUGAAGCACAACGGCGAAGAAACUCCGAUCAAGCCAGCGCCAAUCGACGAAUCUCGCCUGUGAGAUUGAACCAGGGAUCGAAUUCAGACGAGACUUUAAGACCCGCUGCUAGAUCUUCGAGUGACAUGACGGCAGAACGCCCGCGUAGUUCUCAUGCUGCAAGGCCCAGGGCGCAGUCUUCAUCACGGAGACCGCGACGAGGGACUGAAUCAGAUCAGCCAGCCUCCGAUGUCUGGGCAAGUUCAGGGAGAGAAAGGAUCUCUUCCAGACAAACAAGCAGCCAAUCUGCUACCAACUCCCCUACAUCUACCUCAUCUCCGUCAGUUGCACCCCAGGCCUCGAACACUGCGGAAACCACACCUGCUACAUCAUCACCCCUUGUUCCAAUUAGAUCUGAAAGACGACCACGACCAGCUUCAUCGAGGGCAAAUGCCCCUGCACCUAUCGCUACUCAGUAUGCCGAGCCUAGCAUCUCAUGCGACCGAUGUGGCAAAUCUGAAAUCCAAUAUGAGUUGCACAAGAGAUGUCUCAAGUGCAAAGAUGGGGAUUAUAAUAUUUGCCUGCGCUGUUAUCGCUCAAAACAAGGCUGCCUUGAAUGGGCUGGUUUCCGCCAAACUGCCCAAUCAACAUUCGAUCUCAUGGUGGCAUCCUCAAACGGCCAGCAAGCACAUACGCUGGGUCUCAAUCGACACAUAAUGAGCUCCUUCAAAUAUCGAAAACUCGCGGAGAAGGCUCAGACUACCGUUAAUGAAAGCACUCAAAUGACGAACGACAAUCCUGCUCGUCGGCUCGAAGCUGGACUAUUCUGUGAUAUUUGCAUGUCCUCCACAAACGAGUGCUAUUGGAAGUGCAACCAAUGUAACGAGGGAGACUGGGGCUUUUGCAAUCGCUGCGUCAACCAGGGCCGAUGCUGUACUCAUCCUUUACUACCUAUUCGCCGUAUUGGUGGCAGUCCUAUCUCGUCUGUAUCUACACCCACGAUCAAAACAAACGAUUUAUUAGCGAUUGGAAAGUCAGAGACCUACAAGAUCCUCGAAAUCUCUACAAACUGCGACAUCUGCACCUACCCCAUCCCAGCCUCGGUUACAAGGUUCCAUUGCCUGCAAUGUAACGACGGAGACUACGACGUUUGCACAAACUGUUACCUCAAGCUUGUUGUAACGUCAAAAAUCAGCAAAGAGAACGGCCACAAUGGCUGGCGUCGUUGUCUAGCAGGCCAUCGAAUGAUUAUCAUCGGCUUCAAAGACGAAAAUGAAGGUCAACGACGUAUUAUUGACAGGAAUCUGGUUGGUGGCUAUGCCACAAAAGAUGAGCAUAUCAAUCGGUCGCCUACAUCUUCACCUGCUACCGCUAGUCCCAAUGUAUCCUUGGAAUCUAGCAAUCCAUUUUGGAGCUGGAGAGAAGGUCAAGGACGUCGUAAGAAGGCUUCUCGCGCACGAGCUUCAACCAAUUCGCCAACAAGUAAUGCACAAGCAAACUCCGGAGAUCACUCAGGCUCCAAUCCAGGUACGCCUAUCUCACAGCAGGCUCCUGCUCUCCGCCGCUUCCCACCUGAUGGAGGAGUGGGACUGGUCGUCUAUGCUCGGUGGUCCUGGUACCCUGAAGAAGGAGUCAAGGAUGAACUGGCCUUUCCUCGUGGUGCUGAGAUCACAGAGGUUGAGAAUGUGAAUGAUGACUGGUUUUGUGGGACCUAUGCGGGUAGCACUGGGCUUUUCCCUGGGAAGCAUGUGGUUGUUCUUAAAGAGGUAGUAUGA